AACCGAUUUUUUGUUUCUAAAUUACGAUACAAAAGAAAACAUAUAAAUAGUAGACAGCGUUCUACCGCUACAUUUUAGCUUGUGAUAUCCUUGAGGGGGGACCUGUACAAAAUGCAGUGGUGUGUACUUUUUGUUUUGUUGUCACUCUUUAAUUACAAUGACGCAAAAGAUCAAGAACUGUACAAAGUCAGUGGUGCUGAUUUAAUUGAUCUUCUGAGAGGUUUUCCGACCGAACAAGAAGCCUUGGAGCUUGAAAGAAUAAAGGGAGAUAAAAUACAGGCACCAGAUGGGAUAUAUUUCCAACCUGAAGAUGAAGCAUUGUCAUUAGAAAGUGAAAAGAAGUAUUUAUAUGUGAAGAGCAAAAAUAAUAAUGAUCUCGAUAAGAAACUUGUAGAACCAGUUUCGCUUAAAGGACACAAAGCGUUGUGAAGAUGUUAUGAAAAUAAGGAGCCGCCAUAGACUGAGAGAUAUACCUAAAUAAAUGUAGUUUAUUACGAUGUUGUGACGAUGGUAAUCAUGACUUAAAUUAUUGUAUUUUGCAUUAGCAAUCUCUUAUGUGAUUGAGGAGAUAAGAUGAAGUUUUCAUUGUUAAGUCUGUCUAAUCCACCAUUUAAAUUAUUAAAGAUUUUGAAUAUCAUUGUUCUUUGCUUUUUAAA